AUGUCUGACCCAGAACUAGAUACAGACUUGCUACAGUUCCUACAGCAGCAUUACUAUGGAAACAGCAACCCUUCAAAUCCGGAGACAAAAGUUUUAGAAGGAGCAGAAUAUGUGUAUAACAACGCAAUUGAUGUCGCUCUCAAUCUUCAAUCUACUCGCGCUACUGCCGCUGUUAUCCAUGAUCAAAUGCAAAAACGGAAUUACUCUACAAAAACAUGGACAUCACACGAGCUACAUCCAAAAGCCAAAGAUGAAAGUACAGUUGACUUCAUAUUUACCAUGGAUCUCUUGAAUUUUUCGUUCUGGUCAGACAAGACUGAAGAAGAGAGGUUUUCAGUUGAUUACAGGAAUAGAAAAUGGACUGGGUACUGGAGUUUGGUCGCCGCCCUACAGAGAGCUUUGGAUGAGGAUAUUCCAAUAACCUCGCCAGAAUUUUGGGUCGAUGAUUCCAAAGGUAACGAGGAGAUCCUAAAGCAUGUCUUUAGAAGCGCCACCCAAGAAGAAAUCCCACUUUAUCAGGAAAGAGUGAGCUGUCUCCGAGAAGCUGGAAAAGUGCUGGUCGAGAAAUAUGACUCGAGCUUUGUUCAUUGUAUAGAGGCUGCCGAUCAUUCAGCAGCAGCUUUGGUGAACUUACUCGCAAGAGAAUUUCCAUCCUUCAAAGAUGAGGUCAGCUUUGAGAAUAGAAAAUCCGUUCGAUUCCUUAAGCGCGCUCAAAUCUGUGUAGCCGAUCUCUGGGCCGCUUUCGAUGGAGAACAGUUCGGAUCAUUUAAAGACAUUGACCAAAUCACAAUAUUUGCUGACUAUCGGAUUCCUCAAAUCUUAAAAAGUUAUGGGUGUUUGUCUUACAGUCCGCCUCUCGAAAACACUAUUCGCAACAAACAGUUAAUAAAAUCUGGUCACAGCUGGGAAAUUCAAUUGCGAGGAUGUAGCAUUUGGUGUGUGGAAAUGAUACGGAGAGAGAUUCUCAAAAAUAACCCAAGCGCCAAAAUAAAUGCUGUCUUGAUCGACUUUUUUCUGUACGACUUGGCGAAAGAGAGAGAAGCGACUGGACAUGAUGGCUUACCUCACCACAGGACGAGAUGUAUUUGGUAUUAA